GGUUAUACUUGAAAUAAAAACUUCGGAAUGCAGUUAAUCAGCAAUCCUUGCGCCGAAACCUGAAGUGUUAAACAAAAUCCUCGCCGGAACGGAAACCUGCCCUCAGUUGCGAGCUGCUAGGAAGAGAUACUGAUUUGUCAUGCUGAUUGCUGAGCGGGGUUGAGCGAAAAAAAAAACGAUCUUUUAGUAUAAUUUGCUAAAGCUUUCAUUUAAUUGUCUACUAUUCACCAGAAAUUCCUGCAGAGAGCAUAAUCUGAGAGCUUCCAUCGGUACUCAACUAGAAUGGCGGAUGAAAGUGCGGGUUCUUAUAAGAGAGACCCCAUCAAAUCCUCAGUUGGGAAUGUGGCUGCACAAAGAAGACGGGAUAAUGCGGUUACAGUGGGUAAAGAAAGAAGAGAGGCGCUGAUGAGAACGAAGCGCCUUUGCAGAGUAGGAGUUAUUGGUGAUGAUUCUGAUAUGAUGAUUGAUGAAGAACAAUCUAUUCUGGAGGCUCAGACUUCAUCUUCUGUUGAACAAUUGAAGCUUGCUGUUUCCCACCAGGGGAAAGGCGCUGUGCAGAAAAGAGUAAAUGCUCUUCGAGAGCUAAGACGUCUACUGUCUAAGUCUGAAUAUCCUCCAGUUGAAGCUGCACUUGAGGCUGGAGCUAUGCCUCUCCUUGUCAAUUGUCUUUCAUUUGGGUCUCCAGAUGAACAGUUGCUGGAAGCAGCUUGGUGCCUUACAAAUAUAGCAGCUGGAAGACCCGAUGAAACAAAGGCUUUGUUGCCUGCACUACCUUUGCUUAUUGCACAUCUAGGAGAAAAGAGUUCACUGACUGUUGCUGAGCAAUGUGCAUGGGCACUAGGAAAUGUUGCUGGGGAAGGGGAGGAACUAAGAGAUGUUCUCCUGUCACAAGGAGCCUUACCUCCUUUGGCAAGAAUGAUGUUUCCAAACAAAGGAUCAACUGUCACUACUGCUGCUUGGGCAUUGUCAAACCUGAUUAAGGGACCGGGCCCUAAAGCAGCAAAUGAGUUGAUAAGAAUUGGUGGCGUCCUUGAUGCUAUUCUUCGUCAUUUGAAAAAAGCAGAUGUUGAGUUGGCCACGGAAGUAGCGUGGGUUGUUGUGUAUCUCUCUGCCCUUUCAAACUCCGCCGCCACAAUACUCGCAAAGAGUGAUCUCUUUCAUAUCUUAAUAGAUAGAUUGAACACCACGAAUAGCCUCCAGCUGCUUAUCCCGGUCCUGAGGACCUUAGGUAAUCUUGUGGCUGGUGAUACUCUUGUAACUAAUGUUACUCUUGUUGCUGGAAGUGAGAUUACAGAUGCAUUUAUUCAAGCACAAAUAAAAUGUUUGAAGAGUGAACAUCGUAUCUUGAAGAAGGAAGCUGCUUGGGUCCUAUCUAAUCUAGCAGCCGGUUCUUUCGAGCAUAAGAAAUUAAUACAUUCCAGUGAAGCUUUGCCAGUGUUACUCCACCUUCUUUCAACAGCACCAUUUGACAUUAAAAAGGAGGUGGCAUACGUUCUUGGCAACCUCUGUGUUUCCCCAGGGGACGGUUCUGGAAUGCCAAAGCUGAUUGUGGAACACUUGGUUACCCUUGUGAGGAGAGGGUGCCUUUCCGGAUUUGUUAAUUUAGUAAGAUCGGUAGACAUUGAGGCAGCAAAACUCGGACUGCAGUUUCUUGAGCUGGUUCUAAGGGGAAUGCCAAACGGGGAGGGUCCAAAUCUCGUGGAGAAGGAGGAUGGCAUCGAUGCGUUGGAAAGGUACCAAUUUCAUGAAAAUGAAGAAGUAAGGGGCAUGGCUAAUCAGUUGCUGGACAAGUACUAUGGGGAUGAGUAUGGACUUGAAGAAUAGUAUAAAGAGCACUUAUUAAUGAUGAUGGGAUUUUGAUCUAUUGUGUGCCAAAACUUGCCUCUAUUGUACAAAUUUCAUUUAUUUGGAGAGUUUUUAAUGACAUUGGUAGUAACAUUUCUAUGCAAAUAUGUAUUACUGCUCUAUUCUUUGGAAGGAGGGGGAGUGGGCAAAGCUUGGGAAGCCACUUAUGAGUGAAAUUUCUUAAGAAAUCUAGUUUGCCUGCUGUCACAUUUGUAAAUACAGAGAUAAAUCCAUUAAAAUCAGUUCUGUUUGUUUCGAGGUACGCCUAGAUUAUGGAUUCACCCCUUUGUACCAUCUUUUGACAAAAAUCC